CACAUCGGGAUAUCUAAAGCGGGAGGUCGUGGGGACACGAGGAAAGAAAGCACGACUGUUUUAUUGACUUUUCAGCGUGAGGGGAGACCAUGGCUCGUACCAAGCAGACUGCGCGUAAAUCUACUGGUGGGAAAGCGCCCAGGAAACAACUGGCUACUAAAGCAGCGAGGAAGAGCGCGCCCUCUACUGGUGGAGUCAAGAAACCUCACCGAUACAGACCUGGGACUGUUGCUCUGAGAGAGAUUCGUCGUUACCAGAAGUCGACGGAGUUGCUCAUUCGCAAGUUGCCGUUUCAGCGUCUGGUCAGAGAAAUCGCACAGGAUUUCAAAACUGACUUGAGGUUCCAGAGUGCAGCCAUCGGUGCUCUUCAGGAAGCAAGUGAGGCUUACCUUGUUGGCCUGUUUGAAGACACUAACCUGUGUGCCAUUCACGCCAAGAGGGUCACAAUCAUGCCCAAGGACAUCCAACUGGCAAGGCGAAUCCGAGGGGAGCGAGCAUAAUGACCAUUUUGUCUUGUUUUAAUCUUUGUUUAACCGUACACUCUAAAGCAGUGGAUUUUAACUGAUUGCAUAAUUUUGUAAAACAUUCCCUACAGACUCAGGUUUCCGGUGAAUAAUGUGUAUUUACUAUUAGCAGUGCUCAUUGUAGAGUAGCAUUAGUUUGCAUGCUGCAAUAUUUAUCUUUUUACAUUGAUUAUUGGGUUGUUAAUAAAAUUUCACUACCUCA